CAAAUGAAAACAAAAAUCUGCUCGGUAGGCGUGAAAAAUAAGUGAAAAUUGUCGCGUAUGUAGCUACCAUCCCGCGGCCAAAAUGUAUCGCAAGCUGCUGUACAGCAUAAUCCUGCUGAUAAUAUUGCACAUCGCAUCUACCCAGAGCCAAUCGUACGAAGAUAAACGGUGCAAAUGUAUCUGUCCGAGCUUUAAAACAGAGGACAACACCACGCAGGAAGGCACGGAUCGGAUGCUGAUCAUCGAUAAUGUCCCACCGAACAAGUGUAACUGCGACGGUGUCAUCCUGCCGCGGAUAGCAGGCAAGAUUAAGGGAAAGGGGCAGGAAAUUUGUCCACGGUGUGACUGCAAGUACGAGAAUCGGAACACGACCAUCAUAAAGGUCGUUGUCAUCAUUGUGAUAUGGAUCAUUUCGCUGCUGGUUAUCUACAUGCUGUUCCUGAUGUGCUUGGAUCCACUGCUGAACAAGCGCGUGAAAGCCAACUACCAGGAGCACACGAACGAAGAUGACGAUACCGCCGUCACUGUGAGCAAUGGGCAAGAUAUGCAUGUGCGUGAAAACAACGUGCUGAACCGGGUCGGCCACCAGCAGGACAAGUGGAAGCGUCAGGUACGUGAACAGCGGCGUAACAUCUAUGACCGGCACACGAUGCUUAACUGA